UCUCCGGGAUUCCAAGGGCUCGGUUACGGAAGAAGCGCAGAGCCGGCUGGGGAGGGGGCUGGAUGCGCGCGCACCCGGGGGGAGGCCGCUGCUGCCCGGAGCAGGAGGAGGGGGAGAGCGCGGCGGGCGGCAGCGGCGCUGGCGGCGACUCCGCCAUAGAGCAGGGGGGCCAGGGCAGCGCGCUCGCUCCGUCCCCGGUGAGCGGCGUGCGCAGGGAAGGCGCUCGGGGCGGCGGCCGUGGCCGGGGGCGGUGGAAGCAGGCGGCCCGGGGCGGCGGCGUCUGUGGCCGUGGCCGUGGCCGUGGCCGGGGUCGGGGCCGUGGCCGGGGCCGGGGCCGGGGCCGCGGCCGUCCCCAGAGUGGCGGCAGCGGCCUUGGCGGCGACGGCGGCGCGGGCGGCUCCGGUGUCGGCAGCGGUGGCGGCGUCGCCCCCCGGCGGGAGCCUGUCCCUUUCCCGUCGGGGAGUGCGGGGCCGGGGCCCAGGGGACCCCGGGCCACGGAAAGCGGGAAGAGGAUGGACUGCCCUGCCCUCCCCCCCGGAUGGAAGAAGGAGGAAGUGAUCCGAAAAUCAGGGCUCAGUGCUGGCAAGAGCGAUGUCUACUACUUCAGUCCAAGUGGUAAGAAGUUCAGAAGUAAACCUCAGCUGGCAAGGUACCUGGGAAAUGCCGUUGACCUCAGCAGUUUUGACUUCAGAACUGGCAAGAUGAUGCCUAGUAAAUUACAGAAGAACAAGCAGAGACUGCGGAAUGACCCUCUCAAUCAGAACAAGGGUAAACCAGACUUGAACACGACAUUGCCAAUUAGACAAACUGCAUCAAUUUUCAAGCAACCAGUCACCAAAGUCACAAAUCACCCCAAUAAUAAAGUGAAGUCAGACCCACAACGAGUGAAUGAACAGCCACGUCAGCUUUUCUGGGAGAAGAGACUGCAAGGACUUAGUGCAUCAGAUGUAACAGAACAAAUUAUAAAAACCAUGGAGCUACCCAAAGGCCUUCAAGGAGUUGGUCCCGGGAGUAAUGAUGAGACCCUUUUGUCUGCUGUGGCCAGUGCUCUGCACACAAGUUCUGCGCCAAUCACUGGACAAGUCUCUGCGGCCGUGGAGAAGAACCCUGCUGUCUGGCUUAACACAUCUCAGCCCCUCUGCAAAGCUUUCAUUGUCACAGAUGAAGACAUUAGGAAACAGGAAGAGCGAGUCCAACAAGUACGAAAGAAAUUGGAAGAAGCACUGAUGGCAGACAUCCUGUCCCGGGCUGCUGAUACAGAGGAGGUAGACAUUGAUAUGGACAGUGGAGAUGACGCUUAAGAAUAUCAUCAGGUAACUUUCGACUGAACUUCCCCAAGAGCAAAUUGCCAGUAAUGGAGUUAAAACAUUUCCACCAGGUUUCGCCUGUAAGAAAAAAGUGUACCUGAGCACAUAGAGCUUUUUAAUAGCACUAACCAAUGCCUUUCUAGAUGUAUUUUUGAUGUAUAUAUCUAUUAUUCCAAAUGAUGUUUAUUUUGAGUCCUAGGACUUAAAGUAGUCUUUUAUAAUAUCAAGCAGGACCCUUAAAAAUGAAGUGGAGCUUCUGAUGCCAGGUGCAAUCUACUGGAAAUGUAGCACUUAGUGAGAUAUUUGUUUCCCCCACAGUUUUAAUACAACAGAUCAGGAGUACCAAACACAUUUCCCAACUAAAGAUUAUUGUGACUUCUCUGUAUAUAAACAGAUUUUUAUACUUUAUUGAAAGAAGAUACCUGUACAUUCUUCCAUCAUCACUGUAAAGACAAAUAAAUGACUAUAUUCACA